GACUUAUAUUAUAUUAAGUUUGGUCCGCUAAUAUUAUCGUUGUUCACUAAUGUACUAACUUCAAUUGUUAGUAACUUACCUUUUAAGCACUUGUUUCCCUUUCAUUUUCCCCUUCAACACCAACUUUCUCUCUCUUAUUUCUCUCUCUAAAACCCCACCCUCCAUACCUUGAGCAUGCCUGAAUGUCCAGAGAAAGGGAGAGAUUUGAUGAGAUAGGCAAGAAGAUCAAGAGAGAUAACGAUGCGAUUUCAAGAGGAGGAGGAGGAGGAGGAGGAGGAAGGCGGCAUUUUCAAUUAGGUCCUCCCGGAACACUUAAUACGAUCACCCCUUGCGCCGCGUGUAAGCUCUUGAGGAGAAGAUGUGCUCAAGAAUGCCCCUUUUCACCUUACUUCUCACCUCAUGAGCCUCAAAAAUUUGCCUCCGUUCACAAAGUUUUUGGUGCUAGCAAUGUUUCUAAGAUGCUCAUGGAAGUACCAGAGAGUCAAAGAGCGGACGCAGCAAACAGUUUGGUGUACGAAGCAAAUGUGAGACUUAGAGAUCCAGUUUACGGUUGCAUGGGUGCUAUUUCAGCGUUACAACAACAAGUUCAACUUUUACAAGCUGAACUUAAUGCAGUAAGAGCUGAGAUUCUUAAGUACAAGUUUAGAGAUACAAAUAAUAAUCAUAAUCAUAAUCAUAACAAUAAUAAUAAUAUUAGUACUUCUACUAAUAACAACAACAAUAAUAAUAAUCCUUCACCCUCUUCUCAUCAUGAUCUUUCUUUCUUUUCUUCCGGUGCCCCGGUGUCGGUUUCUAUAGCCGUGCCACCACCACUAACACCAUCCAUUCCACCCCCUUCGCCGCCUCCUCCACCACUACCGCCUCCUCUUCAUAGUAUUCCACGCGAUUCUUCGAUUUCUUCUUCCAUGUAUACACAUGAACCAUCAUCAUCAUCUAAUCCUGAUCAUGAUCAUUUUAGCUCCAUUUCUAAUGAAAACAUUUCCUACUUUGGUUAAACAUAGAUCUUAAGGUAACCAAGAUUGAUAACUUCAUUAUUAAUUAAUUAUUAUUAUUAAUUAUAAUGUAAUAAGAUGAUCAAGGAUUAUUAAAUCCAGGUUCUAGCUUUAAGUUUCUUCAUUGGAAAUUGAAGCCUAAUUUGUUUAUGUAGAGUGAAAUUGAUGUAAAAAAACCCUUAGUGUGGUAUAAUUAUUCUUCCUCAUAGAAAGAUAUUUAUGGUUGAGGAAUAAUUAUUUCUUUUUGCAUAAUUUGUAUGUUACACAUUGAUACAAACAUUAAAUUUAAAUUAUGAAAAUCACAUUGUU